GGCGCCUGCGCGACUCAGAGACAGGCGUGGCAGGUUAGGCCUGGUAACCGUGGGAGGAGCCCCAAGGCGCACCGUGGCGAGGCGUUUAGACUCCCUGGAGCUGAUAUCCAGGGCGGCUUUGAAGGAUAGGGCUGGUCCAAGGAUGAUUGACACGUGACCCCGCGCGACGUUUCUAUUGGUUGCCUCUCAGAGGUUGCUUCCGCCCAUAAGAAAGAUGGUGGCUUCGAGAUUCGUGCCCGAGGCCAUGGUUUUUCUCACGGUUCCCGGUGGUCUUAUUCGCCUCUUCCCGGAAGAAAGAUGGCGGCGGCCUGAGCCGAGUUCCGCGUAAGACUUCGCGGGCGCCCAACUGCGCUCCCCAGACCCGGCGCAUCAGAAAGCCGGGGAGUCCCAUGGUCUGGCUGGUGGCAAUGACGCCCAGGCAGAACUUCUGUGGUCUAGCUGCUCAUGGCCUCUGGUUCUUGGGCCUUGUCCUUCUGAUGGAUGCAACUGCUAGGCCUGCUAACCACUCAUCUACUCGGGAAAGAGCGGCCAACAGGGAGGAAAACGAGAUCAUGCCCCCAGACCACUUGAAUGGGGUGAAGCUAGAGAUGGAUGGGCACCUCAACAAGGACUUCCAUCAGGAGGUUUUCCUGGGAAAGGACAUGGAUGGGUUUGAUGAAGACUCAGAGCCACGGAGAAGCCGGAGGAAGCUGAUGGUCAUCUUUUCCAAGGUAGAUGUGAACACUGACCGGAGGAUCAGUGCUAAGGAGAUGCAGCACUGGAUUAUGGAGAAAACAGCAGAGCACUUCCAGGAGGCCGUCAAGGAAAACAAACUACACUUCAGGGCUGUGGACCCUGAUGGUGAUGGCCACGUGUCCUGGGAUGAAUAUAAAGUGAAGUUUUUGGCAAGCAAAGGCCACAAUGAAAGGGAGAUUGCUGAAGCCAUCAAGAACCAUGAGGAGCUCAAAGUGGAUGAGGAGACACAGGAAGUCCUUGGGAACCUCAGAGAUCGAUGGUAUCAGGCAGACAAUCCUCCUGCAGACCUGCUGCUGAAUGAGGACGAGUUCCUUUCAUUCCUUCACCCUGAGCACAGCCGGGGCAUGCUCAAAUUCAUGGUCAAGGAGAUCUUUCGGGACUUGGAUCAGGAUGGUGAUAAGCAGUUAUCUUUGCCUGAGUUCAUCUCCCUGCCUGUGGGUACUGUUGAGAACCAGCAAGGCCAAGACAUUGAUGACAACUGGGUGAAAGACAGGAAGAAGGAGUUUGAGGAACUGAUUGACUCUAACCAUGAUGGGAUUGUGACCAUGGAGGAGCUAGAGAACUACAUGGACCCCAUGAAUGAAUAUAAUGCCCUCAACGAAGCCAAACAGAUGAUUGCCAUUGCUGAUGAGAACCAGAACCACCACCUGGAGCCUGAGGAGAUCCUCAAGUACAGUGAGUUCUUCACUGGCAGCAAGCUGAUGGACUAUGCCCGCAAUGUGCAUGAAGAGUUCUGAGCAUGCCCCUCAGCUGGGGCCAGGUCACCAGUAUACUGUCUGACCCUUCCCACACUUCGAGGAGGCUAUGGUCCAGUGAGACCUGUAGAUGACUGGGUCCAGAUUGGGUCUAAAAUGCUAUCUACCCUGUGUCUGUGGGCUUCCGUAGGCCCCAAGAAAGUGCUGUUCCAGAACCUUCCUUCCUUCUGUUGUGUCCAUAUGCUCUGGCUUAGCUCCUGCCAUGGCAUGGCCCAGGUUUAUUAAAGAUAUGCUUAAUAGGCUUUGUGUCCUCUCCA